AUGCUUUCACAGUUUGCAUUGCCCAAUCCAACAUCAUUGUCAUCUCCCCUAGGUCUUUCUCCAGCUUGUCAUGAGGAAAAACUCAUCUCUAAUAGACUUUCUGAGGAUCCCAUCCAUAUGGCUAGAAGGGCCUCUGUUCAAUCGGACCGGACAAAGGAGAAUAGAGAGGGUGGCCGUACCGCCAGUACUGAGCUAGUUCCAUCACAUUUAGCCCCUUCAACACCCUCAGCUGCUUCUCUUACAUCCAUCUGCUCUGUCUCCACUACGCUAUCCUCUCUUGGCAACUCUCUUCAUCAUCGGCACUGCAGUCCGAAGACUUCGACUUCUAAAAUCACAGAAGGUCACUCUUCAGAGACUAAUGGAGAAGGCUAUGGAGGUGGACAAUGGUCGAGUCAACCUGGAGGCCUCUGUGCUCUUGCUCCGCUAGGCCCAGGAAAUCCAUACUUUAACUCAGACCUGCCAUCUCCAGGAUGUCCGAUGACUUCCAGCUGGCGUGUUUCUACCUGCCCAGCGUCCCUGUGUCCUCUGCCCUUGCCUCCGCCUCUCCCUUCUCGGCAGAUUAUCUUUCCACCCAUUUUUUGUCCUCCUUUUUCUUCCUCACAACUCUCACCACUUGCUUCCAUUCAGUCUAAUCAGACGCAACGCACACGGCAAAUAUCAUCUAAACGUCGCACUGGCCACUCAAUCCAGUCUGUUGGAGGUGAUAAUGAAGGUAGUUUCGGGGAUGGGUGUCGUGGUUCGACCACUGUCACUCAUUUCGCAUGUGGUCCAGAGGAACUCGCUUCGGAAGGUCUUUCGGGCGACUGCUAUCUUGAUAGCCUGGCUUUGACUAUCUGGCAGUUUUUUCUCGAAACAAGGCAGACUCCGAUCACUCUCUUCCGAAAGCUGCAGCUACGGAACGCACUGCAUAUGGUCGUCUCCGGUGCUUUUCAUUGUUAG